CUAGUUUGACUUCCGUUUUUCUCUCAUUCACUGCCUCUGUUUCUUUUAGUCUACUACUUCGUCCAAAGACACGCACCUGCAUUCGGGGGGGUACAUAACUGUUAACUACCCAACAUCUAAGUUUCCUACCCCCUUUUCUUCUCUACUCUCUCUCCUUCUCUCUUCUUAUAUAUAUAUAUAUAUAUAUAUAUAUAAUAUACAUCUAUAUAUAUCUAUAUACACACACACAUACGUGCAUAUAUAUAUAUAUAUAUAUAUAUAAACAUAUAUAUAUAUAUACACACACAUACACUCAAAGAUACAAAUAUAUAUUUGUGUAUACACACACACAUAUAUAUAUAUAUAUAUAUGUGUGUAUAUAUACACAUUGUAUUUAUAUACACAGAUACACACCCAACUGUGUAUAAGAAGUACACAUGAAUGAAUAUUUACCAACACACAAUUCCAAGUGUGUUGUCAGUGUGUAUUUACGUACACAAAUAAACAAUCUUCUACAGCUGCUCUUUUGUAAUAUCAUCAACACUUCCAGUAGGAAUUACACAUAGUUCUUAUGAAAAUAUAUACUACAUAUUCAGAGGAUAUACUAUCUACUAGUUGUAUUGAGAGUCAACAGUUCCUCUUGUGAGAAAAUGGAUAAUAUCAAGGACUGGGGAGCUCUUAAUUUCUUGCAGCAGAAUAGAUUUACUUCAGGUGUAUUCCAAGAAAACUUUAAAAUAAUAACCAAGAAGAAUGUUAAGAGCGAAUUGCAGUGUGAAAGAAAUGGUUAGCAACAUCAAAGGAAAUUAAAUUAUGCAAGAAAUGACAUGCAGCAAAGAUCAAGAAGUGAAGAAACUGUUUAUGCAGCAGUCAUCAUUUAACAUCUCUCUUUCCAUGCUGUCAUGGGUUGGACGGUUUGACAGGGGCUGGUGAGCCAAAAGACUGCAUCAAGCUCCAUAUUGGCUUUGGCAUGUUUUCUGUGGCCUGAUACCUUUCCUAAUGCCUACUACUUUGCAAAGUGGACUGGGUGCUUUUUAUAAGAUACCGGCACUUGUAAGGUAACCGAGUAACUUUUAAGAUGACAUAUGCAUAUUGGAAUGAUGAUGAUGAUGAUGGACUCUAUUCUAAUUUGCUGACUUAAGUUAUCUAGUACUAUGGCUGAAUGUCCAGAUAAAAAGCAAAAUGAAAGCUUAAAGGCAGAGGAGAAAGAACAUGGCAUGAAAAUUCUACAGGGUCUUAAUAAACUGAAACAUGACAAAAUUUUGUGUGAUGUGACUCUUAUUGCUGAAGGUCAUAAGUUCCAUGUUCAUAGAGUUAUUCUUGUUUCCUGCUCGGACUACUUCCGUUCUAUGUUUACCGGUGGGAUGAGGGAGAGUCAUCAAAAAGAAAUAGAACUGAAAGGUGUCACCAGCAAAGGACUGGAUAAAGUUCUGGAGAUAAUUUAUACAUCUACUACAUGUCUUGAAGGAGAUGACAUUUUUGAUGUCAUUGCUGCAGCAACACAUCUCCAAGUAACUCCUGUAAUAGAAUUUUGUGAGAGAAAUUUCCUCAGUGGCAUGACAACAACAAAUUUUUAUGAUUUUAUCAACACAGCCAAACUUUACAGCAUGAAUAAUGCAUUGAAGCAAAUUGAUGUUUUUAUAGCAAAGAAUUUGAUGCAGAUUGCCCGUGAAGGUACCUUGCAUCUAUUGACUUAUGAACAGAUGCUCAACUGCUUGAAUAGUGAGAAUUUAAGUCUUCGAGAAAUUGAUAUCUUUACAAUAACAUGGGAUUGGCUUCGUCAAGACAGUGCUCAUGAGAGUCAUGCUGUCAGUUUAAUGAAACUGAUAAGAUUUCCGCUUAUUAGUCCUUCUGAUUUAGUUCAACAUGUUCAAAGUGUUGAUAUGAUGAUGUCUAUUCCAGAAUUGCGACAGAUGGUUUUACAAGCUCUCAACUACCAUGUUGUUCCUCAUUCACAGCCUUUGAUUGCUUCCCUUAAUGUUCAACUCCGUUCAUUUGUCGAGCGGUUAGUAAGUGUUGGUGGAAGAGAAAUCCAUCCCAACCCAUGUGUCCAUGAUGAAAUAUAUAUAUUUGACUCAAAAAUUACUGCAAACAGUUUAUUAAAUCGCCAAGAAAUUGCUUCUCUCCCGAGUGCUUUGAGUCACAUGCAAGUUGUCGUAUUUAAUAACUUUUUGUAUGUGCUUGGUGGAUGUACAACCCAAUGUGCUCAUGGAGAGUCUGCUGUGAAUUUAGUAUUACGAUAUGAUCCAAAAUUUGACAACUGGUAUCAAAUUUGUCCUAUGUUGAAUAAAAGGGCAUACUUUUUUUCUGGUGCACUACAUAAUAAAAUAUACGCAGUUGGAGGAAAGUACAAAGAUGGCAGUCUUGCUAGUGCAGAGUGUUAUGAUCCUUCUGACAAUACAUGGGAUUUGAUAGCCCCAAUGCCCAUGUCCUACCACGCCCAUGCAGGAGCUGUAUUUGGUAAUUAUAUUUAUGUUUCAGGUGGUUACAGUGGAAAUCAUUUCACUCCUGAUAUGCAAAGGUAUGACCCUUUGACAAAUCAGUGGGAAGAUAUGGCAACAAUGUUAACUCCACGUGGAUGGCAUGUGAUGUGUGUGGCGCAAGAUAAAUUGUUUGUUUUUGGAGGUUGCAACCUAAAUGCAAAUCAACAAGCUCAGCCUGUGAUGCAAUCUGAAUGCUAUGAUCCUGCUGUUGAUCAGUGGACUAUUAUCGCUCCAUUAUCCAUUUCACAUAAAGAAGCAUCUUGUGUCGUUUAUAACGAUCAAAUAUAUGUUCUAGGAGGGUAUAACGUUCAAACAAAGACUGGACAGAAGUUAGUUUCUAGGUUUGAUGUUUAUACCGGCAUUUGGGAAACAGUUGGUGCUUUACCACGUAGUCUAACAGGUGUUGGGUACUGUACUUUAAAAUUACCAUCUUAUAAUAUAGAUGACAUAUGAGAGUCAAAAAAUUCUUCCUUCAAGUUGUUGGAAAUUUUUACUUUUAGAUUGUUACACUCUCAUACUGCUGUACUACAUUUCUUUGGUGAUGCCUCUGGAUAUAUUUAUUUUAUGUCUAUCCAUUUCUGUACAAUAAUAUUGGAUAUUUAUAGCAGUAACUUGGUAUAAUAUAAUUAAUAAUAGACUUACAUUAGUGAAAUAUAUUUAUAAGUAAAGUUCUUAAAGUAGAUAUAAAAUAAUCAUGAAAUUGAAAAGGGUUAGUGAAGUAAUUUAUAAGCACCAUCUGUUAAAAUAGGUUUGGAUGUCUCUUAUUAUAUUGGCAGCUACAGAUAACAUUUGAAUUUUGGGUGGAAAUGAAAAGAAAAUUAAUUUUUUUGGUUGCAUUUUGAGUCCAAACUAAUUCUUCUAUGAAGAAAUUUUUCAAAAAUUAAUUCAGUAUUCAAGAAAUACAAAUUCAUUUCCUUAUUAUCUAAUGGCUUUCAAUAUCAAAUGACGUGUGCUUUUUAUUUUAGUUCCAAGACCGUCCGUAGUAAAGUAGUAAUAUCUAAGCUUCCAUUUUUUGGGUUCAGUGUAAAGCAUACAAGUUAUACCACUAAGAACAUUAUCCAGUAUUAAAAGAAAAGCAUGGAGACUUCCAUAACAGAAUAGGUAGACAUUUUGAAAAAAAAAACUCUUAAUCAUCUUUCUUUAAUGUUGGUAAUCAAUUAAUGAGCAAUAUCACUUUUUUAUACAAAGAAGUAUUUAAAAAAAAAUACAACAGAUAUGCUGUGUGUAUUGUUGUUGUUGUUAAAGUAGCAGACUCCUACCCUGAAGGUUGUGAGCACACCCUUGCUUCUAACAUUGCUGGGCAGCAUUGAGCAAGGAACUUUAUUUACUUUAGAUGUAGUGUAAUGCAAACACCUGUGAAUUGAUACUGUGGAAACUUAUAAUGUAUCAGAAUUAUAAGUCAGUGACUUGAAAAGCAGCAGUUAACUGUUAAUAAUUUAUAUUCCAUUACAAACUUUUUGUUCCAGUUUGAAACUUAAUUCAUUAAAAUAUUUCCUGUGCAUUUUCAUUAAAAUGGAAUUAUUCUAAAACUUUACAUAAUCAAAACAAAAAUUUAAGAUGCCAUUGACAUGAUUACAGAUUUUUGAAAGAGCAUGGCAGAGGAAUGUAAUUGUUAUAAUCAUAAUGAUUUACAUGAUAAUCACCAUUUGUGCUUAUUGCUCUAUAUCUGUAGAUGUUAGUGGUGUUCUGUUCAAGUUGAACAUUACAUAAAAUGUCUUUCAGAAUUUGUGUAUCUCUCCAAACUGUUUUAAUUUUAUUAAUGAUCUUCUUUCUCUUUGAAUCCUGUUAUUCAUUUGAUAAUCAUUAAUCAUACAAUCUUCAGUCUUCGGUUUAUUUAGUUUGUUUUGGAAUCUUGUAAACAUCUUUUAUUUAUGCCCUUCAUGAGUGAAAAAUCUUUCUGACUUGCAGUAGUAAAUACAAAAACAAGCAAACCAAAAAAAAUUAAUACACUUUAGUGAGAGGAAGAGAGAGAGAGAAUGAACUCUAUUUAUAUAAUCAAUUUGAAGACUCUUCAUAUUGAAUGCAUUUCUGUAAGUAAUUCAGUAACCUAUCUUGAAAAACCAUAAAUAAAUUAAAACCAUAUCUUCUACAUGUUGAAAACUACCUCAAGCAAAUGUGGCUUGCUGUUCACAAUAAUAAUCUAGCUGAAUAGUUUCUAACUCUAAACUAACCACAAACUUCUCCAAGAAUAAAAACAUGUCCCCUUUUCAUUCAUAAUUAUUCUCAAUAGUAUUCUAAAAAAAAAAAGAAAAAUAGUCAUUUAUUUUAUUAGCAAAAUUUUCUUCUAAUCUCUCAAUUUUUUAAAGCUCUUUUAUUACUCCUUCCAUGUAAUAAUUUCAGUAACUGUGUCUGCUUUCUUUUAAACAUCUCUUAAAUCAUUGUAUUACACCCAUCAAUUCAUCUGCAACACUCACAUUGAGUCUUUUAAGAAUUUUUUUUCUUGAUUUUUGCACAGCACUUAACCCACAGAAUUUAUCUUCUGUAACAGUCACUUGAGGAUAUCUACAGGUUUUUGGCAUUCCAGUUAUAUACAAAAAUAAUCAUUAUCAACUUUUAUAAUUUUUUUUGGUAAACCCUGUACCCAGUGACUUUUAAGUUAUGUAAAAGAAAAAAAAAACAAA